UGUGAAACAAAGGUGCACCGAGACAAAACCGAGAUCACCAAAGUAUGCAAGAAGACUUCCAGUUGUAAAACUCGAUGUGACGCGAGGGCUGUUGAAUGUCACUUUUGUUGUACUGGGGAUCUCUGUAACAAAGAUUCAGGUUACGCGGACUACGAACCGUGGCAACAGUGGUCAUCAUGUAGCAAACAGUGUGGAGGGGGCAAACGAAGCAGAAACAGGUCAUGUACCUCAACCUCGAUUCCAUGCAGCGGAGGAAGCAAAGAAGAGGAGGACUGUAAUACACAGGCUUGUUCUAUUACCACUGGUACCAACACUCAGGCUUCCAGCCCCAAGGUUCAUCGAUGCUACGUUUGUUCAUAUGGGAAGAAAAACAGUGACUGUUCAAAGAUAGAAACUUGCAAAAAAGACGAAGAGUCUUGUGAAACAAAGGUUCACCGAGACAAAACCGAGAUCACCAAAGUAUGCAAGAAGACUUCCAGUUGUAAAACUCGAUGUGACGCGAGGGCUGUUGAAUGUCACUUUUGUUGUACUGGGGAUCUCUGUAACAAAGAUUCAGGUUACGCGGAUUUCGAACCAUGGCAACAGUGGUCAUCAUGUAGCAAACAAUGUGGAGGAGGCAAACGAAGCAGAAACAGGUCUUGUACCUCAACCUCGAUUCCAUGCAGCGGAGGAAGCAAAGAGGAGGAGGACUGUAAUACACAGGCUUGUUCCAUUACUACUGGUACCAACACUCAGGCUUCCAGUACCCAGGGUCAUCGAUGCUACGUUUGUUCUUAUGGCAAGAAAAACAGUGACUGUUCAAAGAUAGAAACUUGCAAAAAAGACGAAGAGUCUUGUGAAACAAAGGUGCACCGAGACAAAACCGAGAUCACCAAAGUAUGCAAGAAGACUUCCAGUUGUAAAACUCGAUGUGACGCGAGGGCUGUUGAAUGUCACUUUUGUUGUACUGGGGAUCUCUGUAAUAAAGAUUCAGGUUACGCGGAUUUUGAACCGUGGCAACAGUGGUCAUCAUGUAGCAAGCAAUGUGGAGGAGGCAAACGAAGCAGAAACAGGUCUUGUACCUCAACCUCGAUUCCAUGCAGCGGAGGAAGCAAAGAAGAGGAGGACUGUAAUACACAGGCUUGUUCCAUUACCGCUGGGAUGAGAUGUUACUAUUGCAAAGGAAAAAAGAAUAGCGAUUGCACGAAAACCGAAACAUGUAAACAGGACGAACUGUCCUGUGAAACCAAGAUUAAACGAAAUGGAGCUGACAUCGAGAAGAAAUGCAAGAAGACAAAAGACUGUAAGCCUAAAUGUGACAAGAAAGAUAAGGACUGUACCCUGUGUUGUACUGGAGACUUGUGUAACAAAGACCAAGGUUAUGCUGAGUUCAAGAAUUGGGGUGCAUGGUCAGCUUGUAGCAAAGCGUGUGGAGGAGGCAAGCGAAGCAGGAGCAGAGAGUGUUCAUCGACGGGUGACAUUCCAUGCUCUGACGAUACUACAGAAGAGGAAGACUGUAACACAAAUGCCUGCGCUACAAACGUGAUGAGAUGCUACUAUUGCAAAGGGAAAAAGAAUAGCGAUUGCACGAAGACCGAAACAUGUAAACAGGACGAAAAGUCCUGUGAAACCAAGAUCAAACGGAAUGGAGCUGACAUCGAGAAGAAAUGCAAGAAAACAAAAGACUGUAAGCCUAAAUGUGACAAGAAAGAUAAGGACUGUACCUUGUGUUGUACUGGAGACUUGUGUAACAAAGACCAAGCUUGUAGCAAAGCGUGUGGAGGAGGCAAGCGAAGCAGGAGCAGAGAGUGUUCAUCGACGGGUGACAUUCCAUGCUCUGACGAUACUACAGAAGAGGAAGACUGUAACACAAAUGCCUGCGCUACAAACGGUCAGAAAUGUUACUUAAGUUAG